UCCUCAUAUCCUCCUCCUCAUUUUCCUCGUCUUCACACCAUUUGCUUCCCGAAACCCAUCGUCGAGCCCACUAAGCUCCGUUCACACUUCGCGGUCCGGGGGAAAAGCUAGUCCCUCCGCCAACUGAAGGGCCUGCUUGCUGGCUCAUUGCCAUCUCCGCCUCAUUCUACAGUCCUGAACACCCCCGUCUCCGGGGACACCGCCUCGCGAUCAACUCCAUACACCUCUCCACGCACCGCCCGAGACUCCGAUCCUUUCCCCGAAACCUCGGCUUCCCGCUGCCCAACAUGGCCGACCCUUUUGCGCCUCGCUCGAUGAAGCGCAAGAACGUCAAGGGCCUCGCCUUGACCCCUGCCGCCCCUAAACCGCCUCCCACGGCCGAGACGAGUAGACACGACUUCGAUCCCCACGACAAGGACGGGAACGACCACAGCGCGCAACUCGAAAUCGGCAUCGAGUACAAGCUGGACCUCAGGCCGGAGGACCUCGAGAUCUUGAAAGAGCUUGGUUCGGGUAACGGCGGCACCGUUAGCAAGGUCAAGCAUCUCCUGACGGGGACUGUCAUGGCCCGAAAGGUUAUCCACGUCGAGGCCAAGAAGGAGAUGCGGAAGCGCAUCGUCAGGGAGUUGCAGAUCAUGCACGGCUGCCAGUCCGAACACAUUGUCAACUUUUACGGAGCCUUCUUGAAUCACAACAACGAUGUGAUCAUGUGUAUGGAGUACAUGGAUGUCGGGUCACUGGAUCGUGUUUCCCGAGUCUUCGGUCCUAUCCGAGUCGAUGUGCUGGGCAAGAUCGCUGAAGCUACGUUGGGUGGCUUGACGUACCUCUACUCUAAGCAUCACAUCAUGCAUCGUGACAUCAAGCCGUCCAAUAUCUUGGUGAACUCCAGGGGAAGCAUCAAGCUCUGCGACUUUGGCGUCUCGGGAGAGCUUAUCAACUCGGUCGCCGAUACCUUCGUGGGCACUUCGACAUACAUGGCCCCCGAGCGGAUCCAGGGCGAGAAGUACACCGUCAAGUCCGAUGUGUGGAGCUUCGGCCUCACCAUCAUGGAACUGGCCAUCGGCAAGUUCCCAUUCGCCGCCAGCGAGCAGCUGUCGGACGGAGACGGCGCACCGGCCGGCAUUCUCGAUUUGCUGCAGCAGAUUGUCCACGAGCCUGCGCCAAGACUGCCCAAGAGCGAUGCUUUCCCUUCCAUCCUGGAAGACAUGAUCCAGAAGUGUCUUUGCAAGGUUCCCGACGAGCGUCCUACUCCUCAGGAGUUGUUUGACCGGGACCCGUUCGUCCAGGCGGCCAAGAGAACGCCGGUCAACUUGAGGGAAUGGGCCGUCAGCCUUAUGGAGAGGGACAACCGAAAGUCACAUCUGGCGCCUCAACUCUCGCCGGCUACGCGUGAGUUGCUCAACUCCAGCGAAUCCCCGACGUUUCACUUGGCCCUGGCCGACGACCGUGCCUUCGAUACUCCCACCUCGGGGGAGAUUCCUAUUGCUCGUGCGGGCGUGUCACCCAGAGAUGGUCAUGGCCACCCGCAGAACCGCUCACCCACCAGGAAUGGCGUGUCGUCAGGUCGGUCAGUGGGACCCCCGCAUCCUGGCAUGGGCCCAAGAAUUAUCACAAGCAACUCGAUCCCCAAGGUCGGGGACCAUCCGAUGAGCGCAGGCCCGUCGAGCGGCGCCGGCGGCAGCACCUUCAGCUUACCCGUCCGACCAGCCCCGCCGGGGGGACCUUUACCGCCCCCGCCGCCUCGGAAGGAAACCCCUGAUGAUAUGCGAAGGGAAAACAGGAGACAGGCUACAUUCGGCAUACCGCCCUCAAACAGGGGCUACAUGGGUGAUGUCUACAACGGUUCCUCCCACUGACUGGGUGGCAUAGUAGCCGUCUCACUCUUUUGGUCUACUCGUGCCUUUGUCUCUCUUGGACGUUCCCAUAAAGAUGGCGACAUCGUCUCGCCUUUUACAUGUCCCCGCCAGUGCAAUAAGCGACGCAUCGGAAGACCGUUGUUACUCUUACUCCGUCAGAUGGAACACACUGCAGAACGAAACCAAAGC